CCGCUACAUCACUAAUAGGCAGCCACGUACCACAAACCUCCUAUUACUCCCUUUACUUGGAUAAACCGUCGACACCGGCCAAGUGAGGGGAGAACCUUUGAUCCGUGCUUCCUCGCGGCAGGAAUGAUUCACCUUUUUAUUAAAAUGGGAACCUUAAUCAGAUGAUUGAAGUGUAAUAUGCACUUACGCUGAAUCUCAGCAUCCCACACACACACAAACACGCACACACUGGAGCUCCGCGACAGCCUGCAGCUGCAUUGACGGUAAACAGAGCAAGGUAGCGCAUGGGCAGCCAGCAGGGAAUUAUUCCACAUCGCAUCACAUCCCUGAGCAUACAUGGCGUCCUCACACACCGAGCUAUGAAUUUAGUGUGCAGGCUGACGGGGUAGCCGCCAAUUUUUUAUUUUUUAUUUUUUUUAUUAUUUUUUUAUUUUUUUGCAGCCAUCGUUCUAUGCGUCGGUGUGCAGCAGUGGGAAACAUUGAGCUCACAUUGCUACAGUGGGUACCAUCAUUUGCUGGAUCAAGACGAUGGAUGUGGGCUUAUACGGAUCUAUUCCUGCAAAUACGGCGGACAGACGCGAGUUUUUAUUCCAAAUGCAUCCACAUCUUCCGUAUGUUGCAAGGUGUCUUUGAGAAGGAUACGGACCUCCGGAGGAAAUGAGAAGAAAGGUCUAUUUUGACUCACGCCUGUCGAGAUGGAGGCAUCAUUAAGAAGACCUGUACAUUCAAGAUCAAACACACCUCAUUAGAUCAUUACGGAUCAUUGUUAUUCUGCGAAAGAGCGAAGAGGCAUCUCUUAGCUUUUUUUCUGUCUAUGAGCACUGAAUCACAAAGAAGAUUGAUCCCACCAUCGACCGCAUGUAGGAACUGCUCCCUCCGAUUCCCACAACCUCUACUCUUGCUUGGAUUUUAGCAUUCAGUCAAAUCCACCAGGACAGAGUAUGCCAUCUGCACCUUUUCACAGAAUCCUACGACCCCUUCUACUCGGCACUUUCGUACUGGGAUGCUUUGUGACUCUGUUUUUGAUGUAUUUUAAACCAUCCACCAGCUGGUUAUCGGGACCUGUGGAGUCAACAGAAUCCACAGACCGGGUCAAGAACCUCUUCUCCACCAAGAGUGAUAGAAACGUAACCACCGUAUUGAUCUGGCUGUGGCCCUUCGGACAAACCUACGACCUGAGUGUGUGUAGCUCUCUCUUCAAUAUCGAGGGCUGUUUCAUCACAGCGGACAGGAACCUCUACAACAAGUCGGAUGGGGUCGUCAUCCAUCACCGAGACAUCUGCACUGACCAGUCUAACCUGCCGCCAGUCCAGCGACCCUCCUUCCAGAAAUGGAUAUGGAUGAACUUAGAGUCGCCGUCGCACUCCUCCCAGCUUCCUGGGAUCGAGAACCUGUUCAAUCUGACUCUCAAUUACCGUCAGGAUGCUGACAUUGAAGUGCCUUAUGGGUCCAUUGUAGCAGCGGAGGGCGAAGAGGACUUUGUCCCACCCAGCAAAAACAAGCUGAUCUGCUGGAUUGUGAGCAACUGGAACCAGGACCAUGUGCGGGUGAAAUACUACAAUGAACUGUACAAACACAUUGAGGUUCACGCAUAUGGACAAGCCUUUGGAGAGUACAUCUCUGACCAAGACUACUUCCCCACAAUUGCCAGCUGUAAGUUCUACCUGGCUUUUGAGAACUCCAUCCACAAGGACUACAUUACUGAAAAACUGUACAACCCGCUCUCUGUGGGGACGGUGCCAGUGGUUCUUGGUCCGCCCAGGCAGAACUACGAGAACUUUAUCCAGGGGGACGCCUUCAUCCACGUGGACGACUUCACUUCGCCCAAGGAGCUGGCUGAUUACCUGCUGCUCCUGGAUAAGAAUGAGGAAAUGUACCUCAGGUACUUUGAGUGGCGGCGGCACUUUAAAGUAAAGAAGGCCUAUUUCUGGGCAGAGCACACAUGCCUGGCUUGUGAUUACCUGCGUAGGCACAAGGAGUACAAGGCAUUUAAUAAUCUUGACAAGUGGUACUGGGGCGGAUAGUGCUCUGAAGGGCUAUGCAGUGCUUGCUUUGUUAUUGAGGGAAGUGCUUUAAGAUUUUUGGCCUUCAGUUAACAUGAAGGUUCAUUACUGUUCUGUCCAUAGCUCCCGAAUGACGUUUUUCUAUUGGUUCAGUGGCCCAGUGAGACAUCCAUCUUGUUUUUUUUAAUUUGCAAAUUUUGCUAAGCCUUACUUUGCCUUUUGUGUUAUUCAUUUAUUAUUUAUUUUUUAUGGAUUGCAAAUGCACUACAUUUUUUAUUGUUAUUUCAAUUCAUGUUUUGCUUAACAUGCCCACAUUUGCUGCUAUUUUUUAGGUUUUUGUUCUAUUAUUAGUAUGAAUGCUUGAUUGAACGGAUGUUCCCGUAUAACAGAAAACAUUCAUGAUGCACGGUUGUUGUUGUUGUUUUUCUUUAAAUAUCACCUCUUCAUGAAAUGGCACACAGCGGAUAUUGGACUAGUGUAGGCUGCACAAGGAGACUGACAUAAUAAGUGAAAAUAUUUAUGUAAUAUUUAUUCAAGUGAGGCAUUAUAUGACAAAAAAAAAUCUCAUCUGCGCUAGUGAUGCAGUCACCUAUGCAGUGUUUACUGAACUCAAAUGUGAAAGUAUUUCAAUUGUGUCAUGUACAUAUUGUGUAUUUUUGGAAUUAUGUAGCUGUCAUUUUUUCCCAUAUUUUUGUAAGUUUGCAUUUGCACUGCUAAUCCAACUGUUACCUAUCUUUACAUAUGUACAGUAAGACAGACGGUCAUCAUAUUAUGUGGUUGUAGAUGACAUAUGGUGAUCAUUACCCCUGGUAGUCUCCGACAGCAGAUGUGUCUCUGGCUGUGAGAGGGAGGUUACUAUUUUAAUCAUGUUGUGAAUUGUUCAUUGUCACAUGUGAUGUGUCACAGUGCAGUCGGAUCCCAUGUGGAUGAUGAUAGUACAGUACAGAGCCAUUGUACUGCAAAAUAAAACUCCCACGCACCUCUUAUGUUGCAUUCUAAUUUGAUCUACUAAAGUCUGUUAUUUAUUUUAUUGAAUACACUGACAAAGAGGAAAAAGCACAAAAUGAACAUAUGACUGAAGCCUUUGAUUAAGCUAUUUUGCUGUGUGUACUGUACCGUCAUCCCACAAUGUGACCUUAAAUAUUUACACUGAUAUUUUCAACUAUUUCAGGCAGAUGUUAUCAUAAGAUCAGUUGAGCUCUGCCCACAUUUUUGCAACACCUGUUAAGAAAAAUGUGAAAGAUGUGACUUUUUACUGCAAGAUUAUCUACAUUUCUGUCUUUGAAUCAUCCCAUCGCAGUGUUUGGGACGUUAAGAGGUUGCACGUGAAAUGUAUUUUUCUGUAUUUUUUUCUUUACACUCCUGUUUACAGUUGUGUGGCUUGCCAGCCAACCUAAACCACUGAAGAUCACACAUCAGCGUCUGUAGAUAUCACUUCACUUUGAAAUGUCGUCAGAACAGCUAAUCCACUAAACAAUGCAUCUCAACAGCACUCAGCAGCUAUUGACAUGAUGGUUAGGUAUUUAUGAAAAGUACUGUGCAAGACCAUGUCAACAUUUUAUGCAAGAUGAGCCGGCGGCUUCUUGGUCAAAGUACUCGAACAUGUUUCAGGUUAUUAUCAUUUUGAUAUUCCUUCACUGUCAAAGGGACCAUUGACGUAAAUUUGGAUAAUUCAAUAUUUUUCUUAUGGAAUAUGGUUCCAAAUGCCAUAGUGAAACCUGUAUAUAAACUUGUAGUGAACUGAAUCAUCAUCUGGAUCAAACCAGCCCACUAACACAGAUCAUUCCUGUAUGUGCACCAGACUGAGGGAGUGUUUUCAUUUAUGGGGUACUGAAACAAUAUGUUGUAUAUAUUUUUAAUGUCCGAAUCUCUUUAUAACAUGCAAGUGUUGUCAGGCAGUGAAUGUGAUUUCACUGCGCCUUUGUAAGUAAUGUUGGUGCUUCAAGAGGCUAUGAAUUGUGGCGAAAGGAGAGAGACACUUGAAAAGGACAACCAGCGUCAGAGACGAUGGUUUUAGUGCUGUGAGAUGGACAUUUUCGUCAAGGGAGGCAAAUUUACGCUGAAGUUUAUUUAUUUAUUUUUUAUUAGGCGGUAAUCCUGUUGGCAUGACCUAAUUGAAAACGUUGUGCCAAAAUGCAGCAGAGAUAUAGCACUUUUAUUCAUGUGGAGUUGUGUGACUCACUGUGCUGGUGGCUUUCUUAGUUGGAGCUAUUGUGAGUUCAGAAACUGUCAUCCAAGACCUCGGCUGUCCCACAGAUUAACUAUGAAACUGCCAUUCAUAGUUUCAUAUUGUACAGUCCAAUCUCAUGUAUGGAAACAAGAAUUUCCCUAUCCAAUGUGGUCGGUGACUUUAAAGGAACAUUCGUGGCGUCUGUCUAUUUCAUCCUUUCUUCCUUUUUCUCUUUUUUGCACAAAAACAAACAUGAUUAGCUGUGGCUUCUCUGACCCCUGUCUGAGUCUGUGAGUGUGUCACAGCACCAGAGAGUGAAUCAGGAUGUAUCUUGAUACUAGUCUGACCUGGCAAUGAUUUUGCUGGAGUCACUAAAAACACUGAAUACCGGAGUGGGAUGAAGUCUUUGUGUAUGGCUGAACGUGAAGAUUUCUGCAGAAAUGCAAAUUUUCUGCCAGUUUGCUGAAAUAAUCAGAGAGUCAAUCAGUACAAGUUUUUUGCCAAAUCAUUGUAUUUUGCCAAAUGUUGUGUUUUAACUGUAGAUGUCUGAUAGUGUCAAAAGAAAAUAAAGAUAUGGACAAUUG